CCGCGCUCAGUCCACGAUGGAGACGCUGUCCCAGGAUUCCCUGCUGGAAUGUCAGAUCUGUUUCAAUUAUUACAGCCCCCGGCGAAGGCCCAAGUUGCUGGAUUGCAAGCACACCUGCUGCUCGGUGUGCCUGCAGCAGAUGAGGACGAGCCAGAAGGACGUGAGGUGCCCCUGGUGCCGCGGCAUCACCAAGCUGCCCCCGGGCUUCUCCGUGUCGCAGCUCCCCGACGACCCCGAGGUCCUGGCUGUCAUCGCCAUUCCGCACACUUCCGAGCACACCCCCGUCUUCAUUAAACUCCCCAGCAACGGGUGCUACAUGCUGCCCCUGCCCAUCUCCAAGGAGCGUGCGCUGCUGCCCGGCGACAUGGGCUGCCGCCUGCUGCCCGGGAGCCAGCAGAAGUCUGUCACCGUGGUGACCAUCCCUGCAGAACAGCAGCCUCUGCAAGGCGGGGCUCCGCAGGAGGCGGCGGCGGAGGAGCCCGACAGGCGGGGCGUGGUGAAGAGCUCCACCUGGUCGGGGGUGUGCACUGUCAUCUUGGUGGCCUGCGUCCUGGUCUUCCUGCUCGGCAUCGUGCUCCACAACAUGUCCUGCAUUUCUAAGCGCUUCACUGUGAUAUCCUGUGGCUGAAGAGGCUGCAGGAAGUGUCUUGUGGGUGCCAACUUAGGGGUUGAGCGGGUGUUGGUGAGGGGAUCCCGGUGAGAAGAUGGGGGGCGACACUGACCAUUUGGUGCCGAGCACUGGCCUCUGGGGUUGCCACUUGGUUCACCCGAAGACAGACAUGAGGGGCAGAAGGUGAGGUCUCAACAAGGUACCAGGCGAAUUGUUCUGAGUAUUGAUGGCAACGGCUUUGCCAAUGAG